UCGUAGACUGGAAGCCGAAGGCAGAGACUGUCUGUCGCACUUCAGUACUAUCAGUGCACGGUCGUUUAAGUUUAAGGUCCGCAUUGUCAGUGUUAUUACCAGGUGAGGCGAGAGCUUGCGCGUGGGCGCCCGCUUUUCCUCCCGCUCAGUAAGAGGCCGGCAUCCACGCCGCUCGCACGAACCUGACCGCCGCCCAAGCGCCGAACGAACGACUCCAAGAUGGCCACCGGCCCUAAGAUAGUGCACAAGCAGUUCAACUCGCCAAUCGGGCUGUACUCGCAGCAGAACAUACAAGAGACCCUCAACAAACACCUGCAGAACCUUGACAAUGGCACAGUAGGGAUCGACUUCAACAAUCCAGGCGCCAAUAAGCCAGCCAACCUCGCCAACUCGGCCGUUCUGCGCAUGCUUGAGGAAGAAGAGCGCAACCGCAAGGGACUUCCUAGUCAGAAGAAAGUCGUUUGGCCGCCGGUGCCAGAAACCAACGGCUACCACCAGACCCAGCAGCCUCAGUACACGGGGCAGCCGCAGUAUUCGCCGCAACCGCAGUACUCGCCUCAGUACUCGGAGCCUCAGUACCAGCCGCCGCAAAAGCAGUUUGAACCGCCGCCGUCCAUCAUCACUCUGCGCCAACAGCAGCCAGUGCAUCAGAAGCCACCCCCGGUCUUCCCCAGUCAACCUGCUACAGCUUCGUUUAAAGGAGGUGUAAACAUGCGUGGGGAUCAAAAGUGGCCGCCGCAGUCGGUGAAGGAGGCCGUCGCGGCUGAGAACGAGGCGAGAAUGAUGCUGGCCAAGGGACCAGCGUGCAGACCGCGCAAGGUAAACAAGGACUACUCUGGCUUCUUCGCGAAGCACGCUCUCAGCCACAACUACCCUGGGUACCGCGCGCCCCCUGGCACCCAACACUUCGAGGACCAUUCUGGCCGAUCUUCGUACUAAAUUAAGAUCUUAGUCUUUAACGAUAGAGUCACCUGAUUUCACUCAAUAGAUUCGACUUUAAACAUCACGAAUUAUAUCAAUAUUCCAAAAAAACGUUUUCUAUAGCUUCAUUUGUAAUUCCGAUGCACCUAAGUGUCUUUAAAAUGUAAGGGGUAAGUGCUCGGAUUUUAUCAGUACGGAUUCAGCAUAGUAUAUCACAUAAAUCUAGAUGUCAGGGUAGGGGACGCCAGAGUAAGUACUUGUGUAGACUUUAGUCGAUAAAGUCUAAGCUUCAAACUAAGUACUUAAAAACAAAAUUAAGCACUGAUGUGAUAAACAUCUUGGUAACAAACCAUUCUUAGCGACACAUAGUUUGUUAGGAAGACGGGUUACUACAUUUUUUUAAUAUUUUCGAACGCAUAAUAUCAAAGUACAAAGAUACAAAUGUAAUCAGUGCUUAAUUUUAACAUUAAUUAUUUACACAAUAUUCAUUAUGUAGUUUGUAAGUAUUAUAAUUUAAUAAUUUAAAAAAAAUAUAUAAAAAAUCAUGCUUUAAACCUUUACGAAAUCAUUAAUUUAUGUUGAAUACGCAUUAUUUAAGCUUAAUUUCGAUUAUAAAUAAAAGGCUUUUAUCGCUUUUAACGGUAUUUGUAUGUAAAUAAAGCUCAAUUGCUGUGCUUUUGAAUAAAAGCGAACAAAAUCUUGUAAACAACCAAAGCAUUAUUAACAAUUAUUGUGACAAAAAAUUUUAAUUGUAACUAUUGGCUAAGCUUAAAAGUAAAUAUAAACCUAGUCAUGAAGAGAUCACUUAUAUUUUGUAUAUAAAAUGUUAA